AUGAAACUUCAGGUUCUCAACUUUUCACGUUCGUCUUUUUCAUCACCUGCCGGCACCGUCACUCAUCUGCACAGCGUUAUGGAGUCGUUGGGAAAAGUGGAGAGCCUGGCUGCUGAUGCCGUCGGCCAGUCAAAUGACAUUGCUGCUCCUCGCAUACACCACUCUGAGGUCGUCAAUGGUACGGCCGCGGAUAUGCGGAAACAAAACAAAAGCGAGGCUUUGGAAACCUACCAGAGAUUUCUUUGUGCAAGGAUGCAGCUGUUCAGCGAGCAACAAACAGACCCUGGCCUCUUUCCACAGUGUGGGGACGCACCCGACAAAGUGCUCGGUCGACUUGCGCAGAUUGGCUUGGACGCCGUCAGUUGCCUUCAGCAGAAGCCACGUCAGAGUUUUCAUGACGUAUACACGGAUUCAGUUCGCCUGCAACUGCUAUCGGAUGAUCAAAGACUUUACCAAUCGGCCAACCACGUCAUAUUCGUACUCGUGGGCUGGCUAACCAUGCUGUACAACCCUCAACUUGACGCCCAAAUGUCGAUUUUUCAAGACGGCUUUCAGUGCUUCCAACACCAAACCCUGACUCACCCACUAGCUGGUCCUAGUACCCCACACACCAAGCGCGAAAUUGCCGAGAACAUGAUGUUUCUCGGUCUCGUCAUCCCAAAGAGGCUUCGUGCAGAAAACAGCCCAGAUCAGGCAGCAACGUCUCUGGAUGCUCGCCUGAUCAACGCGGCUACAGUUUGCGAGUAUGCAGGUGUGGCAAUAGAGUGGUCAACAAGUCUCUUUUCUCACCUGAGCUUCGACGAAUCACGGUGUCGACUUACUUUGUUCGCCUUGCCUUCAUUUUGUCUCCUGCACAACGUCGGCGAAAAAAGCCUGCUUUAUUCCUUGCAUGAAACGAUUGCUCCAUUGGUGAGCCCCGCUGAAGCUGAUGAGAAAGCCAUGAUCGAUGCGUUCCUCAGGGAAGUACUGCUCUCGUUGCACAUCUUUUUUGGCGCUGAUAAACGCUCGCGCAAGUAUUUCAAGAACAAGGAAUUUCACAGAAGCAAGGGUGCAUCCGGAAUAGAAGAUCCCAUUCUCAGAAGCCUGUGCACCCAACGGAAGCCCUCUGUGUUGACGACGGAGAGGUUGUGGAGCAAGCCCAACUACAGUCCAUCAAGCGAUUUCCCCAUUCUUUCCAGUAGGCUGGCCCGCAUUCAGACAUUUUCCCGAUCCAACAACCCGAACCGGGGUCUGAAGCUCUGGAGUGAUCGCCGUGAUCUCAAUCUCACUUACACGUAUCGCGCGGUCAUUGUGUUUGGGACUAUUGGCGUGAUUUUGAGCCUAGCACAGACAGGCCUGUCGGCCGCUCAGCUGGUGUACAGUAUGAGAUAG